ACACGCUCAGAAGUUGGAGCCACUUCCAAGAUAAAAAAUUUUUAUUAAUAGUUUUCACAAUAAAAGUCUAAUUUACUGUUCGUUUAAAUGUAACGCACUACUACUUCCUCCCUCAGUUUUGGCCCCGCCCUCUUCUUCUCCUGAAGCUAAUUAAGAUUAGUGCGGCUAUUUGUCAUUACCCUAACAUGAAAAAUCUGUCUCACUAGAAGGAAGUUUCCACAAUUAACUUUACCUCCAUUAAUUGUCAGUUUGUCAGGAACAUGUGCACGUUAGCAUGUGGCGUUUAGCUCAUGUAUGACAUUAAUAAUGAGUACACAGCGUCAAACAGCUGCUAGCAUAGCUCUAACAUGUGAUUGUUGUUUUUUGCAUCUUUUCAGAGCUAAUGGCGACGAUGGGUUUCCCGCAGGAGGAAGUGAUGAAAGCGCUGGACGGUCCGAAGUACAACGAGCUAACGGCGACGUACCUGCUGCUGGGCAGGAAAACUGCUGAGUUUGAAGGCACUGAGUCUUUGUCCAGCACUAACCUGGUUCAAAGGUCAAGACCCUGUAGCGACUUCAACGGCUCCAGUCAGAGUCCCGCCCACUCUCGCAGUGCAGCAGCCAAUCAGAAGCACCGGCGGUUCAGCGAUCACGUGGCGCCCUCUAUCCCCCCGCCUGUCUCCUACACCAAGCGUUGCCACGCCAACAGCGUAGAGAGCGAGAGAAGGGCGGAGCCUGCCUCACCGAUGGGAGCUCCAGACCGUAGGAAAUCAGCCACCGCCUCAGGGAGCAUCACUCGCAGGAACACGUACGUUUACGAGCGGACGAACACUGAACGCCAUUCUGUGGUGAUUCCUAACGGGAAAGACAGCAGUCUUCCUGAGGUUCCUGCGGCAUCUCCGUCCCCGUCACCCGGGGCGACCGUCUCCUCCUCACGCCCCCGUCACGUGAAGUCCAUGUCGGCGUCGGGUCACCCCAUGAAGUCCGUGCUGCCUCCCAUCGACGACAGCGCCGAGUAUCAGAGCUCCGCCCACCAGGCUCCGCCCUCCUCGCCCUCAGCCUUCAGUGUCACCAGCAGCAGCACAACGCCGGACCGGAGUCGUUUCCCCCGCGGCUCCUCCACCCGCUCCACCUUCCACGGCGCUCAGCUGCGAGACCGACGACCCGCCACCUACAACGGCCCGCCGGCCUCGCCCAGCCUGUCACAGCACGCCGCCGCCGCGCCACACCGCGGCACCUCGGCCUCACUCAUCGGAAAGAUCACUUCCAAAUUCGUACGCAGGAGUUUAUCGGGUGAAUCCAAGGACGAGGGGCGGGACUCCAAGCCUCGGUCGUUGCGGUUCACGUGGAGCAUGAAGACCACGUCAUCCAUGGAGCCGGGCGAUAUGAUGAAGGAGAUCCGCAGGGUUCUGGACGCCAACAACUGUGAUUAUGAGCAGCGCGAGCGCUACCUGCUGUUCUGCGUCCACGGCGACGCGCGGCAGGACAGUCUGGUCCAGUGGGAGAUGGAGGUGUGCAAGUUGCCCCGCCUCUCACUCAACGGCGUGCGCUUCAAGAGGAUCUCGGGGACGUCCAUCGCCUUCAAAAACAUCGCCUCGAAAGUAGCCAACGAGCUCAGGCUGUGAACGACGACCAAGGCAGCCAUUUUCUGUUUUUAGCACUGUUCCAGAUGAAUGGUGCGUUCACACCAAAAAGAAAAACGACCGAUCAUUUGUGUUUACGCGUGAAAACUCACUUAUGGCUAAUGCUAAGCUAACUGUGUAAGCUAAAGUCCAUUCUCCUCGCUAACUUCCUGCCCCGCCCCGACCCUCUCAUUCUUUCUGCCCACUCUUACAAUCUUACAACACAGGAUUUGUGGGCGGAGACGCAAAUCCUGCAAAGUCAUUGUCUCCUACUAAAGGUCGAUUCUUGUCAAAUCUGGAGUAGAUCGAUAGCCUGCGUCUGCUCUCCUGAAGCUAAUGCUACGUUGGUGUUUUCAGAAGAAUCUCAGUGCAGAUUGACUUUUGCGACUGAUUGAAUUUCACGUCUUGGCUGAAUUAGCGUGAUGCGUGAAAAGGUUUGUUUUGGGUUCGGUGUGAACGCACCACAGACUCUUCUUAUACUCCACACAGUUAAUAUUUAAUGUUAAUGUCACUAAAUGUUGACGCCAGCGAAACCAAACCCCUCCUGAAGAAGCACGAACUCUUACUCCCCCUGGUGGCUGAAGGGAAAACCUUUGCAAUAAAAUUUGAGCAGAAAUGAAAUCGACUUCCUGUUGGUUCAGAAAACCUUGUCCUUGUUCAGACACAUCAGAAUAUUUUAUUUUUUAUUUUUUUACGAGUUGUUUACGUUGUUUUGUUUAUGUUUACUUUUUUUAUUCUUUUUUUAUUCAGUCAGAUCAAAGCUUCAUUUUCUGUUGUUGUUUAUGCUGAAACCUGAUACUAAAUCUAUUAAAUCCUGUUUUCAUUCACACCUGGUUAAACUUAAAGGAUCACUCUGCUGUCAAUCUUCCAGUUUCCUCAGUCAGAACUGGCUCAAACUGGUUUUAGGGCAGGAAGUUUAGACUGUAGCGCCCCGAGGUUGUAAUACCUAGUCGACAGCUGCUCUGAACAUCAACAGUGUUAUUGCACAUCACUUCAUACACUCAGUACUGCCCCCUGCUGGUGUCAGUGAAUGCUGUUUUGUACUCAUGUGUUUAUCAAAUGGACUUGAUUAAACCUAGCAUUAAUGCUAACAUUAGCCACUGAAUCACUUGACUUCAGAUGUCCUGUGGAAACUAAAACAACAAGGUGGACGUCAGCUGAUCAGUGAGUGCUUCUCUUGUGUUUUUGUCCUAACAUUUCCGUUGGAGCGCCCCCUGUAGUUGUACUUUCAAGUUCUAAACUUCUGAAUUAGUUUCCUGAAUUCUCAAUUAUGAAAUGGCCGCUGCGAACACUGAAAUUGUAGUUUUGAUGUGAUUUUGUGUGAAAUCGCAGCUCUGUCAGCUGAUGUCUGUGAACACCACAAGAUUAGCAUGCUAGUUAGGAGUAGCUGUAAUGCUAACAUUAAAGUUCUAUGGAAAUGA